AUGGAGGCGGCGAUUGCCCACAAAGUCGUUGUUGUGGGAGACAGCGGUGUGGGCAAGACAGCGCUGCUGCUGAGGUUCGUGCAAGGGACAUACACAGAAAAGAGCUACAACGGGACGAUAGGAGGAACAUACAUGGCCAAGAUUGUGACGGUAGAGGAGGGGGCAGUGAACCUCAAGAUGUGGGACACGGCAGGGCAAGAGCGCUUUCGGAGCAUGUUGCGAAUGUACUACAGGAACGCGUCUGCCGCUCUGCUCUGCUGCGACUUGUCGGAGAGGAGGACGUUUCUGAGCCUUGCUAAAUGGGUUGAGGAUCUUAGAGAGAGUCUGGGGGAAGGGGUCAUCCUGGACAUCGCGUGCACGAAGAACGACUUGAAGGGUAGCAGGGUGAGCAUACAGGAGGUCACGUCCUUUGCGGAGCAGGUAGGAGCCAACGUUACCUUCACCUCCGCCAAGUCAUGCGAGAACGUGGACCUGGUAUUCGAGAAGAUUGCUAGGAGGCUGUUGAAGGAGGGCAAGACAGACGCUGCGGACCAGCAGGAAGGAGCCGCUCCUGACUCAGUUGCUAUUUCACUCCACGACGGAGUGCAAGCAAGACGAGCACGGUGUGCAUGUUAA